UCUCUUUUUAGCAGCUGCGCUACGGCGGCCAUUUUCUUCUCUGUCCUUCUGCCUGUCAGUGUUAUUUGGAACGCGUUGCGGAGUGCAUGUGUCGCGCACUUUUACAUCUUCUCGGUCGUUCUUCUACUAUUAUUCUUUCGUCUUUUAUUAUAGGUUUUUACCAAACACACUAGAGGAAAUGCUGAACAAUGCAACUAAUUUUAAGUAUUGAUGACAUAGGAUCAAAAAAGAACAUGUCCUCAGGCGAAGAAACAAAUCAAAGCGAAAUAAAAAUUAAGACUGAACUUAAAGAUAGUAAUUUAACUUCUUCGCUAUCACCACAAAACGAGUCCGAAGAAGAUAUAAUAGAAGAAUCUAGUCAAAAAAAUGUUGUUAAAACCAACGGUACGGCCUUAAGUGAUAAUGCGACUAAAGAAAGUAAAAAUUCUGUAAUAACUGAUGAAACAGAAAAUCAAAAUAGGUUAAUUUCUGAGGAAGAAAGUGAAGACAUUGAUAAAAAUACGAUUGAAAUAAAGACUGAAGAUAAUGUAUUAUCAGCGGAGCAUUCAGGUGAAAACGAAUGUUUAAAAGAAAAAUCAUCAGCAGAUGAGACUUUUAAGAAAAGCAGUGAAGAAAACAUAGAUUCGGAUAAGAGCGAAGAACUAACUGCAGAAAUCAAAGAUGAAAAUAUUGCAAAUAUAAAUCAAAAUGAGGACGAAAAAGAGGCGGAGCAUUCAGGUGAAAACGAAUGUUUAGAAGAAAAAUCAUCAGCAGAUGAUACUUUUAAGAAAAGCUGUGAAGAGAACAUAGAUUCGGAUAAGAGCGAAGAACUAACUGCAGAAAUUAAAGCUGAAAAUAUUUCAAAUAUAAAUGAAAAUGAGGAUGAAAAAGAGUUGCUAGAUGAUGAAAUUAAACAAGAGCUACAAGACAAUAAAAAAAUUAAACAAGAGUCAUGUGAGUAUGAGAAAUCUAGCAACGAAGAAGAAAUAAAUUCUUCAGCUGACAAUUGUUUAAAUACUGAUGAAAAAGAUCUGCUACAACAUCAACAAAAUGAAGAGAAUUGUAAAGAAAAUAGCGUAAAAGACGAUGUUUCUUUGUCUGACAAAGAAAACCUGCUACAACACCAACAAAUUGAAGAUAAUAGCAACGAAGAAGAAAUAAAUUCUUCAGCUGACAAUGGUUUAAGUACUGUUAAAAAAGAUCUGCUACAACAUCAACAAAAUGAAGAGAAUUGUAAAGAAAAUAGCAUAAAAGACGAUGUUUCUUUGUUUGACAAAAAUGAAAUUGUUGAAGAAAGUAAAAUAGAUGAUAAUUAUGUUUUAGAUAAUAUUGAAAAUUGCAAAGUACAAGACUGUGAAAGCAGUCAAGUAAUGAAUGAUAAAGUAGAAAAUAAAAAUGAUAAAAAUAAUAGUACAACUUGUUCUAUCAGUGGCGAAGUUAUAGAUAUCGUGGAUGAAAAAUAUAGUGCAGAUAGCGGAGAAAACGAAGGAAAAGGUAGUACAAUUGUGGAAAAUCCAAUAGAAAAUAAUAAAUCGGACACAAACAGUAAAAACGAAGACAGUGACCAGCUUAAAGAAAGUGGAACCAUUACUAUAGAUGAAGAUAUAAUAGACAUUGCUGAUGAAAAAGAUAUAUGUGAUAGUAUAAAAGAAGAAACCAAUAAAGGAAGUAAUAUAUUGAAAAGUAGACUAGAACCAGAUAGUUCAGACAAAUCUUCACCUGCAGAAAAUGGGGAUGUAAAUGCUAAAAGUGAUGUCUCAACAUCACAGGAUUCUAAAUUGAAAAUAUCGGACUCAACUGAAAAGAAAUCCACUUAUAAAUUAUCUAACACACUAGAUAUCCUGUCUGAUGAUGAAGAAGAAAAUGAUAAAACCAAAUCAGAGCCGCCUAAACCGCAAGAAGCCAAUGAUAAACAAUGCAUAAAUAUCGAGGAAGACGACGAUAUAAUGGUUAUUGACGAUGAAACUUCUACGAAAGAUGAAAAAGAGGAAACUAAAAAAGUUAUAGAAACAGCUUUAUUGAAGAAAGAUGAUGAAAAAAUUGCUAAUAGCACAUCAUCCAUUAUUGAACAAAAUCCAGACAAAGUGUUAGAAGAACCAAUGAAAAAGAAUGAAACAAGGACUGAAAUACUUAAAUCUGUAUUAACACGACCAACUUUUCCACGAAGCCCACUGUUAUCCUCCACCGCGCUCAAAUCUUUCAAAAAAAAUUUAGGUGAAAUGACCCGUGAAGAGCUAGAAGAUUUUUGCAUUUUAACAAUAGCUGAAGCCGUUUUCGAUAGAAGCAAUUUGGGGGAGCUUAAAUCACAAUUGAAAAUAUUAUCUCAAAAUUUUGAAGACCACAAGGUAAAAGCCAAGAAUUUAGCAAAACAGAAUCGUGAUUUGCAAGUUGUUUUAAAAUCAAUACAAGAAGAACAGAAAAAGAACUCCGAAGCCCCGAUAACCCCUUUGAAAAUAACCCGCUCCGUAGGUAUGCAGGUUCUCAUGACGGAGAAAGUUUCGCGCAAACGGCAGGUGACGACACAAAUGUUGCAAAACAGUACUCCUACCAAGCAAAUUACACCGACGUCUACACCUAACAAAACGCAAAAUAAACCGGCAGCUAGUCCCAAUGUCAGCAACACAAAAACUCCACCUCGGCAACCGCAGCAACAAAAUAUACCAGUACCUCGGUUAGUGCCCGCCGUGAGCACCGGCACGAAACCGACUCAGAACUCAUCUCCACAGCCAAAUAAUAUGAAAUCACCUGGUCCCGUGCCCAACGGCGUAAAAACAUUGGCGCCGAAACCUGAAAAGAGAACGCACACCAAAAUGCAGCAGAGCAACGAUGUCACCGUUGAUCUAACGGACGACGAACCGCCGGCUAAGGUUAUCACUCGCAACUUCAACUCCUCCGUAAGAUGUGUUCCCCCGCAGUCGCUGCUAGCGCCGCGACCGUCUCUACCUAUGACGAGUCCCAGAAAGGUUUACAUACCGAUAAGUGGUCAACAGGCUCAAAAUAUAAGACCUGGACAACACAUCAUGUUGAAAUCUGUGACCGGAGUGUCAGCAGGACCUGGACGACCUAGGUUACCGCCUCCUAAUGUGAAAGUUGGACCGAAUGGUCCCGGGCAAAUCCGACCAAGAAUAGCUCAUAGACACCCCGCGCCGUUGCCGGAGCUCAUGAAGCAGUACCAGCCACCGAACUGGAAAGCGCUGCCUCCUGCGCCCGAACUCAAAUUAUCUAAGGUAGAAAAUGGAAUAGUAAUAUCAUGGAAAAUUGAUGGAUACAGAGAAGAAAACCACGAGGAAAUAGCCAGCUACCAAUUAUUCGCAUAUCAGGAAACAUCACAACCCCCGAGUACUUCGCUAUGGAAGAAAAUAGGGGAUGUCAAAGCGUUGCCUCUACCGAUGGCAUGCACUCUUACACAAUUCAUGUCCGGGUACAAGUACUACUUUGCCGUCAGGGCCGUCGACGUCAAAUCCCGGUUUGGACCUUUCAGCCUGCCAGGAAGUAUACUUCUUUUAAAAAAUUAAUUUACCUUUUAAGUAGCUUCGAAAGUAAUGAUAAUAUUUAUUGUUGUCUUCAUAAUAUAAUUACCUACUGUUAUUUUUACUUAUAGAAAUUGUGAUGUUGUAAAUAUAAUUCGUCGCAGUGAUAGUCUUAUUUACUUUAAAAAGUUAGAUUUCCAAAUAAAA